AUGGGUAUCAAGGGUCUCACCGCCCUCCUCGCGGAGCACGCCCCCAAGUCCUUCCAGGCGAGCCACGAUCUCUGCUGUCGCUGUCGGCGCGCUGACCCCUGCUGCCCACAGGAACAUGAAAUCAAGACGCUCUUCGGACGCAAAGUCGCGAUAGACGCGUCCAUGUCCAUAUACCAGUUCCUCAUCGCUGUCCGACAGAAGGACGGCGAGCUGCUGACCAACGACGCCGGAGAGACGACUAGCCACCUUAUGGGCUUCUUCUACCGCACGAUCCGCAUGGUCGAGAACGGCAUCAAGCCCGCGUACGUCUUCGACGGCAAGCCUCCAGAGCUCAAGUCUGGCGUGCUCUCGAAGCGGUUCGAGAAGCGGGAAGAGGCCAAGGAAGACGGCGAGGAGGCCAAGGAGACCGGCACGGCCGAGGACGUCGACCGGUUCUCGCGCCGGACGGUCAAGGUGACCCGGGAGCACAACGAGGAGUGCAGGAAGCUGCUCACGCUGAUGGGCAUCCCCUUCGUCGUCGCCCCCUCCGAGGCCGAGGCGCAAUGCGCGGAGCUCGCGCGCGGCGGCAAAGUCUACGCGGCGGGCUCGGAGGACAUGGACACGCUCACGUUCGGCGCGCCCAUCCUCCUCCGCCACCUCACGUUCUCCGAGGCACGCAAGACGCCGAUCUCAGAGAUCAGCCUGGAGAAAGCCCUGGAAGGUCUGGAGAUGGACAUGUCGCAGUUCACGGAGCUGUGCAUCCUGCUCGGGUGCGACUACCUGGAGCCGAUCAAGGGCGUCGGCCCGAAGGGCGCGCUGAAGCUGCUGCGGGAGCACGGGACGCUGGGCAAGGUGGUCGCGCACUUGCGAGAGAAAGCGGCGGAGAAGGAGGAUGCGGGCGAGGACGGCGGGAAGAAGAAGAAGGGCGGCGUCCAGAUCCCCGACGAGUGGCCCUGGGAGGCGGCCAAGGCGCUGUUCAGCAAGCCCGACGUGACGCCCGCGGACGAGCUCGAGCUGGAGUGGAAGAGCCCCGACAUCGAGGGCCUGGUCGACUUCCUCGUGAAGGAGAAGGGCUUCAACGAGGAGCGCGUGAGGAAGGGAGGCGAGAAGCUCGCGAAACACCUCAAUGCGAAGCAGCAAGGCCGCUUGGAUGGGUUCUUCACUGCUAAGCCAAAGGCGUCGCCGACAAAGAAGGAGAAGGAAAAGCCCGCGGAGAAGGGUAAGGGCACGAAGGGCACGAAGCGGAAGGCCGACGGGAAGGAGGACAAGAAGGCGGCGGCAGGGAGCAGCAAGAAGCCCAGGAAAAAGUAGAAUCCGCCUCUCCCCUCUUGUCGCGCUGUGUUCCUGGGUCGUUUUGCUGUCUAUCGCACGGUUGCACUUACGGUACAUUUCGUUUUGUAUACCUCACUUGUUGUAUCAUUAGCGCACAUAAUCCGUCA